CAUCAAUCAAUUUCAAAAAACCAAACCUAUACACACACCUCUACGCACAACACACCUAUCUCUCUCUCUAACACACACCUCACCACUUCUCUUCUCUCUAGGGUUUUCAAUCCCCAUCUCCGAUCUAAUGGCCGCCGACGAGCAGCUAUCCUCGCCUCCACCGUCGACCUCUCCGCCGCCGUCUAUUUCGCCGGCGAUUUCUUCGCUAGGUCACUCGGUGAUUCCAAUCGUCAACAAGCUCCAGGAUAUCUUCGCGCAACUCGGCAGCUCGCACACGAUCGAACUCCCUCAGGUCGCCGUGGUUGGGAGUCAGAGUAGUGGCAAAUCGAGCGUGCUCGAAGCGCUCGUAGGCCGCGACUUUCUCCCCAGAGGCUCCGAUAUUUGUACGCGAAGGCCGCUUGUGCUGCAGCUCUUGCAGAUUAAGCGGAAAGGCGACGGCGUUGAUGAGGAGUAUGGAGAGUUCUUGCAUUUGCCUGGGAAGAGGUUUUAUAAUUUUAACGAUAUUCGCAGAGAAAUUCAGGCCGAGACAGAUAGGGAAGCAGGAGGGAACAGGGGUGUUUCAGAUAAGCAAAUACGCUUAAAGAUUUUUUCACCAAAUGUUCUUGACAUCACUCUGGUGGAUUUGCCGGGUAUAACGAAGGUUCCAGUAGGUGACCAGCCUUCUGACAUAGAAGCUCGCAUUAGAACAAUGAUCAUGUCAUAUAUCAAGCUUCCAAGCUGUUUAAUACUAGCAGUUACACCAGCUAAUUCUGAUCUUGCCAACUCAGAUGCCCUUCAAAUAGCUGGAAAUGCUGAUCCAAAUGGUGAUCGAACAAUUGGAGUAAUCACAAAGCUUGAUAUCAUGGACAGAGGCACUGAUGCCCGCAACUUCUUACUGGGAAAAGUAAUCCCCCUUCGGCUUGGUUAUGUAGGUGUUGUAAAUCGUAGUCAAGAGGAUAUUACGCUCAAUCGAUCCAUUAAAGAUGCACUUGCGGCUGAAGAAAAGUUCUUCCGCAGUCGUCCAGUUUAUAAUGAACUUACUGAUCGUUGUGGAGUUCCCCAGCUGGCAAAAAAGUUGAAUCAGAUCUUGGUGCAACAUAUCAAGGCAUUGCUUCCAGGGCUUAAAUCACGCAUUAGUGCUGCACUAGUUUCCGUCGCAAAGGAGCAUGCUAGUUAUGGGGAAAUAACAGAAUCAAAGGCUGGCCAGGGAGCUCUUCUUUUAAACAUUCUUUCAAAGUAUUCUGAAGCUUUCUCUUCUAUGAUCGAGGGAAAGAACGAAGAAAUGUCAACAUCUGAGCUGUCCGGUGGAGCAAGAAUUCAUUAUAUAUUCCAAUCAAUAUUUGUGAAGAGUUUGGAGGAGGUUGACCCAUGUGAGGAUUUAACUGAUGAUGAUAUCCGAACUGCCAUUCAGAAUGCAACUGGUCCUAGAUCCGCACUAUUUGUACCAGAAGUUCCAUUUGAAGUUCUCAUUCGAAGACAGAUUGCACGCUUGCUUGAUCCAAGUCUCCAAUGUGCAAGAUUCAUUUACGAUGAGCUAAUAAAGAUGAGCCACCGGUGUAUGGUAAAUGAGCUGCAGCGCUUUCCUAUUCUGAGAAAGCGCAUGGAUGAGGUCAUUGGCAAUUUUUUGCGAGAAGGUCUUGAACCAUCUGAAACCAUGAUUGGGCACAUUGUUGAAAUGGAGAUGGACUACAUUAACACUUCACACCCGAAUUUUAUUGGUGGAAGUAAGGCUGUAGAAAUGGCAUUACAGGAGAUGAAAUCUCUCAGGGCGGCUGCUUCAACUAUUGCUAGACAUAAGGAUGAACCUGAGAAAGCACCAUCAUCUGAGAGAAGUCUUAAAUCUCGUGCUAUUCUUGCCAGACAAGCGAAUGGGAUAAUCCCAGAACAGGGUGCACGACCAGCAACUGAAUCUACUGCACCUGGAAGUACAAAUGUAUCUUCCUGGGGGAUUUCUUCAAUUUUUGGUGGAUCAGAUAAUCGUGUAGCAGCCAAAGAAAAUCUCACGAGCAAGCCAUUUAACGAACCAAUUCAAACGAUUGAGCCUUCUUUCUCAAUGAUCCAUCUCAGAGAGCCUCCAACCGUGUUGAGGCCCUCAGAUACUAAUUCAGAACAGGAGGCUGUUGAAAUCACUGUAACAAAGAAGUUGCUGAGGUCAUACUAUGAUAUUGUAAGAAAGAACAUAGAGGAUUUUGUGCCCAAAGCAAUCAUGCACUUUCUGGUAAACCAUACGAAAAGAGAGUUGCACAAUGUCUUCAUCAAGAAAUUAUACAGAGACAACCUCUUUGAGGAGAUGUUGCAAGAACCUGAUGAGGUGUCUAUCAAAAGAAAACGCACCAGAGAGACCCUUCGUGUUCUUCAGCAGGCUUUCCGGACAUUGGAUGAAUUACCGGUUGAUGCAGAUGCAGUUGAAAGGGGCUAUAGCUUGAAUGCUGACACAACAGGCCUGCCAAAGAUUCACGGUCUACCAUCCUCGUCUUUUUAUACAACAAGUAGUGGUUCAACGGAAUCCUACACAGCUUCUCCCAAGAACCCAAGGUCUCGUAAAUCAUCUCAUUCUGGAGAACUAUAUUCAUCACACAUCACUGCAGAUUCAAAUGGAGGUGGACGCAAUUCGUUUCUUGGCAUGUAUCCAACAGUCGAGAUUUGAACCUUUUAAGGGUGCCAUAGAUCAUCCCAGUAAGGGAUCAUAUUAUUUUAUUUGCUAGCUCUAUUCAGCCUCCUCGGUUAACUGGCACUUCUUACUCUUGUAAAUCUGCUUGAUGGGUAGGUGAAAUAAUAUUUGCUGGAAACGGGCUACUUUUUUGACCACUGUUCUAUGGCCAUGUAUUUCCAGCAUCUACAAUAUAGUUUGUUGUGGAUUGCAUUGUUUUAGAGGAACUCCUUAUAAAAUAAUAGGAGCAGUUCACUCGGGUUCAAUGAAAAUUUAUACAAGUUGGCUACUAGUUUAUAGCAAUUGUAAGUAGCUGCUUUGAUUAUUGUAUUCUGAAAUCCUUGAAGGAUGACUUUGUGCUUUAACAGGUUUUAAAAGUUUUUUGCUAAGAAAAGUUUGUUUUUUGUGAUAA